CUGCUGGUGAUGGUGAGGGAGGGGGUGGGGGAUGCCAGUAUGGCUGAGUGUUACAGGGGAGCAGUUAUAAAGGCAGUCAGCCAAGCAGGUCGUGCCUCCCCACUAGCAACUGCAGAACAAGCAAAAUCACCAAACGUCUCUUGGAGCCUGGUGAGAUGAAAGUGCACACACACAACUCACCCCACCCUUCGCUAAGUGUGUGAUUGCUGUCCAGAUGAGGUGGAAAGGGCCUCAGGUUGCCAGUGUGGGCUGUGUUUGCUGUGCUGAUUGCUUCUCUGCAGUGGGAGUGGAGAAUGUUUUUUCGAUCCUGUGAGGACCUGCCUGUGCUGUUGGUCCCAAGGUGCUGAAGGCCUGUGGGUUCCUAAUGACAGCAGGGGUGGUGGUGGUAAGUCUUAUGGCAUUAGCCCUCUUCUCCAGCUUCUGGGCUUGGCCUUUAGAAUAUGAUGUGAGAUGUGGCCCCGAGAGGGUUCAGAGUGAGACACAGCCCUCAGGCCACCAGUCAGUUUGAGGAACUGGUGUUACAGGACCAAAAGGAACUUCCAUUUGUUGAGCGCUCAGCCAGAUCCCUCAGGCAGUGCACCCACCCCAGCAGAAGUGAAAUACUGUGUUUGGUCAGAUGCUUGCUGAAAAGUAUUCCUUAUCUGGAGACCCCCCCCCCAACCCUUGCAACACACACCCUGGAGCAUAGGGAGAGUGGAGGGGAUGAUGACCAGAGAGAGCAGAAGUCUCUGCUGUUCUUUCUUCUCAGUCACACUGUCCCCAGGCCUUGUCCCCUGGCCUUUGUGUCUGGGAUGAAUCAUUCAGUCCCUUCUCAGGGUGAGACUGAUGCAGGUGGAAGCAUAGGUACUGUAUGGGUGGGGAGUGGUAGACAGUGUCAUCCCAGACAGUGGCUUCUUCCCAUGUUAAUUCUGGGUCCAUGUGCCUUUGUUCCUGGGGCUGCAUGGUGCAUGGCUCCACCUGGCUGCCUGGGGCCCAUCUGUACACCCUGGCCUUGGAGUUAAAAGGGGCAACUGGAGUUUCAGCCACUGACCAGGCGGGUGUCAGUAUAGCAGGUGCUUAGGGUUGGGGACUGGGGCCCUGUUGGUGGCCACAGAGAGUUCUGAGACCACGCAUGAGUCUUGACUCCAAUGUGGAUAGAAUGCCAGAAAGAGAUGAGCUGGUUCCCUCUAAGUCAGCCCCGUGGGCCUGGGCUUGUGGCAGCCGUUCACUGUCUGUGUUUUGUUGUGUACGGAGCUGGCCCCUUAUUCUGCCAAAAUCCUUGCCUCUCUGGCUAUAUGAUAAGUCUUGAGCCCUGGUGGGUUCUCAAACCGUUUGUGCUGAAUCAGUAAGUCUGGGGCAGCACCCAGGAAUCUGCAUUUCUUUUGAAAAAAAAAAAAUUUUUUUUUAAUGUACUUUAAUGAAGCUUUACAGAGCAAACUAGUUUCUCAUUAAACAAUUAAUACACAUAUUGUUUUGUGACAUUGGUUGCCAACCCCACUCUCCCCUUAUCAACCUUGGGUUCCCCAUUACCAGCUUUCCUGUCCCCUCCUGCCUUCUCAUCCUUGCCUCUGGGGUGGUUUGCCCAUUUAGUCUUGUUUUGUUUUAUGGGCUUGUGUAGGAAUCUGCAUUUCUAACAAGCUCCCCAUGUGACUUGAUGCCGGUGGUCCUCUGGACCUCCUAGCGAGGCAGCCAUGAGGAACCCCUUCUGGAGCCUUCCAGCAGCCAGUGGGGAGAGGAUCCUGGUGUGUAUAAUUGUUUUUCAUGACUGAAUUUAAACACAUUCCAGUCUCUGUUGGAAUACUGUAAUCAGCUGAGCUUCUCCCCUGUUUAAAAUAAACGGAGUCUCAAGUGAUGGCCUUGUCUCCAGCCCUCCACUGCCAAGUCUCCCAAAAUUGUAGACUGCCCCAAGUCAGUCACUCACUUCUGAGUUCCAGGCCAGCUUCUUCCCUUGCUCAGUGCUGUUCCCUUCAGCAGCACUUCCAGGAUGACCACCUUGCCUGCUCCUCUGACAACCAAAUUAGUCUUUCCAUGGUGAUUCUAUCUCCUAAGUCCCUCUAGUGCCUUCACUGCUCUCUAGUCUGCCUGCGGCCCUCCAAAACUGGGUCUUCCAUGAGUCCUUUCCUUGGCCCUCCUUUGCUUUAUCCUUUCCUCAGAUGAAGAAGCAAAAGCGAAGAGCCCUCCAACAAUUAUACCUGGCCUAGCUGCUUCUGUGUGCACCAGGCCUACGUUUUUAGGCGCUUGCUAAUAUCUCCCCUUGAAUAACCUGAUGGCGCUCUUCCAAAUAGGCUCUGAUUUGAGGGGAAUCUGGCUGCAUCCGUCAUCCUAGGUGGCCCAGCCAAUCUGGCUGGUUGUGUUCUGUGCAGGUCCUUCACGAAGCUCACGCCCUGAUAGAGGAAUGAGGGCUGUUUUUAACGUGGCUGGUCUGAGUAGCUGGAGUCCCUGGGUGGUGCAAACAAUUAACAUGUCUGCUGCUAACUGAAAGGAUGGAGGUUUGAGUCUACCCAGAGGCUCCUUGGAAGAAAGGCUUGGUGAUCUACUUUCAAAAAAUCAGCCAUUGACAUCUGGGGUCUUAAAUGUUAGCAAGCGGCCAUCUGAGAUGCAUCAUUUGGUCUCAACCCACCUGGAGCAAAGGAGAAUGAAGAACACCAAAGACACAAGGUAAUUAUGAGCCCAAGAGACAGAAAGGGCCACAUAAACCAGAGACUACAUCAGCCUGAGACCAGAAGAACUAGAUGGUGCCCGGCUAAAACCGAUGAGUGCCCUGACAGGGAGCACAACAGACAACCCCUGAGAGAGCAGGAGAGCAGUGGGGUGCAGACCUCAAAUUCUCGUAAAAAGACCAGACUUAAUAGUCUGACUGAGACUAGAAGGACCCUGGAAGUCAUGGUCCCCAGACCUUCUGUUAGCCCAAGACAAGAACCAUUCCCAAAGCCAACUCUUCAGACAGGGUUUGGACUGGACAAUAGGAUAGAAAAUGUUACUGGUGAGGAGUGAGCUUCUUGGAUCAAGUAGACACAUGAGACUCUGUGGGCAGCUUCUGUCUGGAGGGGAGAUGAGAAGGCAGAGGGGGUCAGAAGCUGGCUGAAUGGGCACAAAAACAGAGGGUGGAGGGAAGGAGUAUGCUGUCUCAUUAGGGACAGAGCAAUUAGGAGUAUAUAGCAAGGUGCAUAUAAAUUUUUGUGUGAGAGACUGGUAAACUUUCACUUAGAGCACAAUAAAAAUUAAAAAAAAAAAUCAGCCAUUGAAAACUCUGCAGAGUACAAUUCUCGCCAUGAGUCAGAGACAACUCGACAGCAACUGGUUGUUUUAUUUUCUGAAUGGCCAGGUUUCCCUGCCAGAAACUUCUGACAUGUUGUUGCUUCCCCUGAUAACACCAUUAGUCCCAUCUCGUCUUCCUGAACCCCUGCCCUCUUCCCCCUUGGUGUCUUUUCUAGUCCCCCAGGCUUAUAGCCUCAGGGUCGCUCUGCGUCUGCCUCCCCUAGCCCCUCCCCAGGACUCUGCACCAUUUCUCACGGCAGUCCCUGUCCACUUGUCUGGAGCUGUCAUGGUGAGCUGGUCCAGACCCUCUACCCAGGGACAUUGGCAGAAGGGGCGGGUUCUUUCUGGACCAGCCUGUCACCUGUUCAGAGACCUGGUAGGCUUUCCCUUGGCUGUGUUAGCAGCCCACACAGCAUUGGGCCAAGUUCUGCCUGGAGCCAGGUGACUUAAGUUCAAAUCCUGAUUUUGACCUUUCCAUCUUAUGACCCUGACAGACUGCUGGAGCUCUUGGAGUUUUGAUUUCCUUGUCCAUGGCAUUGAGUAUAGUAGUAACAGCCCUGUGUCACAAGGCUGUCAUGAGGAUUGACAUUACACGACUUUGUCUCUGAAAGCUCUUGGUACUUAAUGUUGCUUGACCUGUAUUGUCUUGUGUAAUCCUCAAAACUACCCUCUGGGAUGAUUUUUAUGUCCAUUUUGUGGAUGAGGGGAUUGAGGCUCCGAGAGGUUAUAUGAUCCCCCAAGAGCACACAGCUUUGAAGUGGUAAAGGUGGAAUCCAAGUCCAGUUUGACUCCAGAACUCGCUUCUAACCACUGUGCUGGAUUUCUUCUUUGACUGCCCUCCCCCCCCGACCCCCCACUUGGUUCUCUUACUUUACCCUCUGUCCAUUUGUGUUAGUUUCUUAGUGAACUAAGAAACUAUAACAGAAAAUACCACAAGUGGGUGGUUUUAAAGAACAGAAAUUUAUUUUCUCACAGUUAAUAAGGCUAGAAGCCCAAAUUCAGGGCACUGGCUGUAGGGAGAGGUCCUUUCUUGUCUAUUUCAGGUUCUAAAAAACCAAAAAGACUAAACCUGUUGCCCUUGAGUCGAUUCCAACUUAUAUGGAAGCCCUGGUAGUGUCAUAGUUAAGUGCUACAGCUGCUAACCAAAAGGUCAGCAGUUUCAAUCCACCAGGCACUCUUUGGAAACUCUAUGGGGCAGUUCUACUCUGUUCUAUAGGGGUGCUAUGAAUAUGAGUUUCAGGUUCUAGUGGCAGGCAAUCCUUGGAGUUCCUGGGCUUUUAGACUUGUCUGCCUCUAGUCAUCUUCCAAUAGUGUCUGUCUUUCCCCUGGAUCAGCUUGCUUGCCUGUGUUAUGGUAUUCCUUAUAUCACUCAAGUAGCCCUGAUGGCACGGUGGUUAAGUGCUCUGCUGCUAAGCAGGAGGUCAGUGGUUCCAACCCAUCAGCCACUCCAUGAGAGAAAGAUGUGACAGUCUGCUUCUAUAAAGAUUAUAGCCUUGGAAACCCUGUGGGGCAGUUCUGUUCUGUCCUAUAGGGUCACUGUGAGUCGAAAUCCACUCUACAGCAACAGGUGUGGUUUUUGGUUUGGUUUGUAUCACUCAGUAUUGACACACCCUACACUGAUAGGACCUCAUUAAUAUAACAAAGAAAACCCCAUUUCUAAAUGGGAUUACAUCCAUAGGUAUAAAGGUUAGGAUUCCAAUGCAUUUUUUUGGGGGGGAGGGCACAAUUUAAUCCAUAACACCAUUCAGUCUUUCAACAAAUGUUUAUGGCUCUUCUACCUGGGGAUAUAGCAGUGAAUGAACAGAUGAAGCUCUGUCCUCAUCAAGCUUACCUUUUGAUGGGGAGAAGGAGGUACAAAAAGAUGUAUAGGAACUCAUGUAGGAAGUUGUUCGAGGUCCCUCUUCUUCACUCUCCCCCUGCCGGGGGCACACCCAGGACUCCCCCAUCUCUGUUCCCCACUGCUCGUUGUCUGUAGAAGGCCUUGAGGAAUAGCAUUUGCUGAAUUGACCUGGAUUUGGGCUAGACCCUUGUGAGGAGCAAAUGGGUCACAGCAGGACUUGACAUAGGGUUUAAAGGCAUUGGGCCCCCCAGGGAGUGGAGUAGGGUGGCAUGGAGUGAUGGAGAUGCAGCCUGGCAGACAAAUUGCCUGGAGAGGUCAUCUGUGUUGUCCCUCUGCCUUGGGUCACGCAGGUCCAUCCUCCUGGGUCAUGCUAGGCUCUAGCAGCUCCUGAGUUCAUCAUCCACAGUUAUCCCCACCAAAGGAGGGCUGGAUCCCAUACAGGCUGAGAUAAAAAGGACCUCAUAAGAGGAUCCAGAUAGUGGCUGUAGAGGCCCAAAGGCCCGAGAGUUCUUUCUACCUACAUCUGGCCUCGGACUGUGUUACCGAGACAGACACUGCAGAAAAAUCAGUGGUUUUCUCAGUCAACUGCAUGUCAAACUGCAGCUUCACACCCACUAGGAUGGCUAUUAAAAAAAAAAGUCAGACAAUAACAAGUGUUGGUGAGGAUGUGGAGAAAUUGAAACGUGAUCAUACCGCUGGUGGGAAUGUAAACUGCUGCAGCUGCUUUGGAAAACUGUCUGGUGGUUCAAAACGUUAAACUCGGAGUUAUCAUGUGACCCAGCAAUUCUACUGCUAGGUGUUACAUACCCAAGAUAGAUGAAAACCUGUCCACACAAAAACUUGUACAGAAGCACCAUUCAUAAUAGCCAAAAAGUGGAAAUAAUUCAAAUGCCUACCAGCUGGAUAUACCAUGUAAACAAAAUGUGGUGUAUCCAUGUAUGUAUAUUAAUAAAAAGGAAUGAAGCACUGAUACAUGUUGCAAUGUGGAUAAACUUUAAAAACAUGCUGAGUGAUAGAAGCCGGUCAUGAAGGCUGCAUAUUGUAUGAUUCCGUUUAUAUGAAAUAACCAGGAUAGGUAAAUCCAAAGAGACAGAAAAUAAAUGGUGGUUCCCUGGGGUAGAAAAAUGGGGAGUGACCACAAUAAUGGAUGCGGGGUUUCUUUUAGGGAAGAUGAAAAUGUUCAAAAUUGACAGUGGUGGUGGUUAUGCAACACUGUGAAUAUACAGAAAACCAUUGAAUUGUGUACUUUAGAAUGGUGAAUUGUAUAGUUUAUGAAUUAUAUCUCAAUAAAGCUGUUUAAAAAAAGGCUGGCCUUCCCUGCUUUAAUGCUGACAGAAGGCACGAGGAAGAGGACUCAAGACUCAAGAAUCUCCUGAGUUACUUUGAGUUACAGGCAUCACUGCAGUUUUCUUGAAAUAAUUGCUGAGAGGUGACUAUAGAGAGGGGAUUUCGGUUCAUCCUUGAGGCCUUAGCUUACCUGUUACCUCCGGAGAGAGCCUUCCCCCCUCAGCUGGCCCCUUUGUCAUCUAACCCAGCCCUUUUGUUGUUGUUGUUGUUAGGUGCCGUCGAGUCGGUUCCGACUCAGUGACCCUAUGCACAACAGAACAAAACACUGCCCGGUCCUGCGCCAUCCUCACAAUCGUUGUUAUGCUUGAGCCCAUUGUUGCAGCCACUGUGUCAGUCCACCUCGUUGAGGGUCUUGCUCUUUUCCGCUGACCCUGUACUUUGCCAAGCAUGAUGUCCUUCUCCAGAGACUGAUGCCUCCUGACAACAUGUCCAAAGUAUGUAAGAUGCAGUCUCGCCAUCCUUGCUUCUAAGGAGCAUUCUGGUUGUACUUCUUCUAAGACAGAUUUGUUCAUUCUUUUGGCAGUCGGUGGUAUAUUCAGUAUUCUUCGCCAACACCACAAUUCAAAGGCAUCAAUUCUUCCAUCUUCCUUAUUCAUUGUCCAGCUUUCACAUCCAUAUGAUGCGACUGAAAGUACCAUGGCUUCAGUCAGGCACACCUUAGUCUUCAAGGUGACAUCUUUGCUCUUCAACACUUUAAAGAGGCCCUUUGCAGCAGAUUUACCCAGUGCAAUGUGUCUUUUGAUUUCUUGACCGCUGCUUCCAUGGCUGUUGAUUGUGGAUCCAAGUAAAAUGAAGUCCUUGACAACUUCAAUCUUUUCUCUGUUUAUCACGAUGUUGCUCAUUGGUCCAGUUGUGAGGAUUUUUGUUUUCUUUAUGUUGAGGUGCAAUCCAUACUGAAGGCUGUGGUGUUUGAUCUUCAUUAGUAAGUCGUCUUCACUUUCAGCAAGCAAGGUUGUGUCAUCUGCAUAACGCAGGUUGUUAAUGAGUCUUCUUCCAAUCCUGAUGCCCUCUGUUCUUCAUAUAGUCCAGCUUCUCGGAUUAUUUGCUCAGCAUACAGAUUGAAUAGAUAUGGUGAAAGGAUACAACCCUGACGCGUACCUUUCCUGACUUUAAACCAUCAGUAUCCCCUUGUUCUGUCUGAACAACUGCUUCUUGAUCUAUGUGAAGGUUCCUCAUGAGCACAAUUAAGUGUUCUGGAAUUCCCAUUCUUUGCAACAUUAUCCAUAAUUUGUUAUGAUCCACACAGUCGAAUGCCUUUGCGUAGUCAAUAAAACACAGGUAAACAUCCUUCUGGUAUUCUCUGCUUUCAGCCAGGAUCCAUCUGACAUUAGCAAUGAUAUCCCUGGUUCCAAAUCCUCUUCUGAAACCGGCCUGAACUUCUGGCAGUUCAUGCCGAUACACUGCUGCCCUUGUUUCUUUCUUUCGUAGCUCUUACUACAACUUGGAAUUAUUUUGUGUCUGUGGACUUUAUUUUGUGUGACUUUGGUUAGACUGAGCAUUCUGUGAGGGCAGGGGCUUGUCACGUUGAGCACAUGGUAGGUGCUCAAUAAGUAUGUGUUGAGUGAAUGGUCCCAUAUAUAUUCAUAACAGCUACGUGGUGGCAGAGGUCGGGGCUGGCGUCAGUGUUUGGUGUAGGCAGGCAGGAGAGAGCAGGGAUAGGGUGUCUGCCAGCCCCAGUGCCUUUCUUUCUGUGUGUUCCACUUCCAGGAGAAUGUCUCUUGAAAGGAAGCCCAAAGCCUGGUGUGACUGAGAAGAGUGAGGUGGGGGGCGGGGGGCCAGCCAGAGAGGAAGUCUGGAGCCCCAGGCUUUGAGGGAGUGGUGUCUGCAUUUGCACCUUUGGAAUGUGGCUGAUUCACUCAGAGGAGCCGUGUGGUACCAACACUGCUGCCUGGGAUCUGACAUCUGGAAGGCUGGAUUCCAGGAGGGGAGAGAUUCCUUGAGCAGAUGCCAAAUCUGAGGGUCAGGUGGAGCAAAUGGAGCUGCUUAAGGAGGAGAUGAAGGGGUCCAACUCCUAUCCCCACCCUCCCUGCUCUAGGGUCCUGAGUCAGGUGGUAUCUGAGGGAGAGGCAAGGCCCCUUCCCGGCCUCGUCCCCAGCCACAGAGCCUUCCUCUGUGGAAACACCAUGGGACAGGAACCGAAUGUGAGCUCCACAGUUACACCUGGGUUUAGCUACUUCACAGCUUACGUCCCUGAAAAGCCACAGGGACACCGGUAACUCCCAGUGGGCCAGUGUCCUGUGUGCCUGCCUUACCCUCCGAACAGGCAUCCCAUGGGUGCAUCCCCACAAUGCCAGGCCUGCAUUCUCCCCCAUGCCUUUCCCUUGGGCUCCAGCGUGAGUUCCAGGCUUGCUUCCCUUUGCCUGAAUUGGGUCCCAACUCAUCCCAGCAGGGUCUGAUUGAACGGGUCUGGGUCAAGAGUGCUCCAGAGCAGAGUUGACACCCUUAGAGCCAUGGAGACAGAGUGGGCAAGAGGUGGUCCCCCAAAGAUCAAAUGCCAGGGUGAGGCAGAAGCAGCAGACCCCCACCUCCCUGCUGCCCUGCUCUGGGUCUAGCCACUGUGUCUGUGCCAGGCACUGUGCUCUCAGGGGCUUCCAUGCAUGUUGUGUCUCUGGUUAAAUCACUGAAGCGCUCAAAAGCUCAAUUUCUUCUAUGAAGCCUCCUGGGAUUCUGUUAAGGAUUGAAUGAGAGGAUCCUUGUCCCCUUCCCUGUAUCUUAGCUCUCAACCACCUGCCACCAGGGCUCCAUUCCCUAUAUCUAGGUUCUGGGAUCUGCCCUGGGGGGUGAAAGGACCCGUGGGGUCCAGCCAACAGCCUUCUUUUUCUCCAAGGAGUUUUGUAUUAUUUGACUUCUUCUUAAAGAGGAUCAGGGGGUGUUUUGGGUUGAAUUAUGCCCCCCCAAAAUAUGUGUUGUAAAUCCUAACCUAUAUGUCAGUGGUUAUAAUCCCAUUUGGGAAUGGGUUGUCUUUGUUAUGUUAAUAAGGCAGAAUUAGUGUAGGACCUGUCUUGAGCAGGGCAUCCAACCAGUUCCUUCUAGUUCGAACCCCUGCUGAAAAUUUGCAUUUCCACCCCAAAUAUACUGAGCCAGAAUCUACAAUUUUACAAAUUCCCUGGGUAAUUCUUAUGUAUAAUACAUUUUGAGAAUUGCUGCUCUACUCGUGGUUCUCAGAAUGGUCCCUAACUAGCAUCGUUAGCAUAGCCUGGAAACUUGUUAGAAAUGCAAAUUCUCAGCAGGGGUUUGAACCGGAAAGAACCAGCCCUGACCUUGAGUCACUCUCUUUUGAGCUGUAAAAGAGAUUGAAGCAGAGAUGGGGGAAGAGAGAUACCAAGUCAACAUGAAGAUUGCCCAGGAGCAGAAGCUCAGAAGAGACAAGCAGCUUCCCCCAGAGCCAACAGAGAAAGCCUUCCCCUAGAGCCUGUGCCCUGAAUUUGGACUUUAGACUCCUAAACUGAGAGAAUAUAAAUUUCUGUUUGUUAAAGCCAUCCACUUGUAGUUCUGUUACAGUAGCACUAAGUAAGACAGAAGGCUACAUGGCGAGCCAAUGGAGGCAGGGAGGACAGGAAAGGAGUGAAGGACAAAGAACGUAGCCCCUGCCCUAGCUGUGGGCCUUUGCUGCCUGGCGUGCAGGCUCAGGCCUGCCCCUAGGAGGCACCUCCCUGUACCCUGAGCCCCAUCUGGGGCUGGAGGAGGGGCUCCAGGUGGCUCUGUCCCUCUCAUGCUACACCUGAGCAUGUCUGAUUAUUUCACAUUGGGAGGGAGGCUACCGCAGUCAAGCUGGUUGAUCACAUAUCUCUACCUCCUGGAACCCUGGAGCCUGAGGUCCCUGGGGGAAAAGGGGAAGGGUAACCUAGGGCCUGGGACUUCCCAGAAGAGGAAGAGGAAACCUGGUGUCUGAGUCAGAGCCUCUUGGAAGCCACAGGAGAAUUCUGGAAAAUCCGGGAGGGUGGGCAGGCCUGUUUCAAGCUCUUUGCAGCUAUUUGCGAACUUAAAUUAAGCACCUCCUAGAAUUCUUGGAGCGAGUGGAGCAUUAGAACAAAUGUGCGACCCUGGGAGCUCACACCUCUGAGCUGCCACAGGUUCCUGGGAUGCCUGGCCAUCCCUCCCCCAAACCUCCCAAGUUGUCCAAAUCUCAGCUCAAACCUCACCUCCUCCAGAGGCCUUUGCAGAUUGGCCACUCACACCCGUGGUGUCAUGCGAAGGUCCCAUACUUAUGCCCAGAGCCUACAUGGGACUGUUGUUCACAGUAACUCUGGCUACACCCAUCAGCAUGCCAGGUGGUGGUCCCUGUCCCACAAUGUGGCCUGAGUCCUCUCUGUGGCAGGUCUUCCUAGAUUCCCUCCCGACCAUCCUGCUAGUCUGUCUUCUGGGUGUUCACUGUUUUUUAGUGUGUUUGUCUUCUCUGUUAAACCACAGACUCCUGGAAGUUGAAGGAUAUCAUGACAGCUACAUUUUCUGAGCUCUCACUCCGUGCCUUUUUCAGACUGAGAUAUAAUUCACAUACCAUAAAAUUCACUCUUUUAAAGAGUACAAUUUAGUGGUUUUUAGUAUAUUCACAGAGUUGUGCAACCUUUACCACAGCCUCUUUCCAGAACAUGUUCAUCACCCUAAAAGGCAACAUUGUACCCUUUAGCAGUCACUCCUCAUUCUCCCCAGCCUCUAACCCGUUGCCGCAGAGUCCAUUCCGACUCAUGACGACUCUGUGUUGCAGAGUAGAAUUGCAUUCCAAAAGGUCGGCAGUUCAAGCUCCCCAGUCGCUCCAUGGGAGGAAGAUAUGGCAGUCUGUUCCUGUAAAGAUUUAUAGCCUUGUUGUCUGGGGUCUUAAAGGUUGUGAGCAGCCAUCUAAGACACAUCAAUUGGCCCCAACCCACCUGGAGCAAAGGAGAAUGAGGAACACCAAAGACACAAGGAAAAUAUUAGCCCAAGAGACAGAAGGGGCCACAUAAACCAGAGAUUCCAUCAGCCUGAGACCAGAAGAACUAGAUGGUGCCUGGCUACCACCAGUGACCGUCCUGACAGGGAACACAACAGAGAGUCCCUGACAGAGCAGGAGAAAAAUGGGGUGCCGAACUCAAACUCAUGUAAAAAGAUGAGACUUAAUGGUCUGAGACUAGAGGAACUCUAGAAGACAUGGCUUCCAGACUCUCUUGUUAACCCAAAACUGAAACCAUUCCUGAAGCCAACUCUUCAGACAUAGACUGGACUAUAAGAUACAAAAUAACUUGUGAAGAGUGUGCUUUUUAGUUCAAGUAGAUACAUGAGACUAAAUGGGCAGCUCCUGUCCAGAGGUGAGGUGAGAGGGCAAAAGGGAUAGGAGCUGGUUGAAUGGACAUGGGAAAUCUGGGGUGGGAAGGGGAAUGUGCUGCCACAUUAUAGGGAUAGCAACUAGGGUCACAUAACAAUAUGUGUAUAAAUUUUUGUAUGAGAAACUAACUUGAGCUAUAAACUUUUACAUAAAUCACAAUAAAAAAAAAGAUUUAGAGCCUUAGAAACCCUAUGGGGCAGUUCUACUCUGUCCUAUAGGAUCGCUAUGAGUCAGAAUCCACUCAGUGGAAAUGGAUUUGUAUUUUGUCUUUGUAUGCAUAUACCACACUUUUUUUUUAUCCAUUCAUCAGUUGGGGCAUUUGGAUUGUGUCUUCAUUUUGACUAAUAGGGAUAAUGCUGCUGUGAACAUUUGUGUACAAGCUUUGGUGUGAACAUAGGUUUUCUUUCUUUUUUUGCCAAUUCAACAAUUUCUACAUGUAUAAUUUCAUGAGACUGAUUACAUGUCUUCAAGUUGCACAACCAUUCUCAUUAUCCUUUUCCAAAUUAUUCUACCACCAUUAACAUAAACCCAGUGGUCCCUAAGCAAAACCUCCCCUUUCCCUCAUUCCCAUGCCUGGUAAAACCCGUUGCUGUUGAGUCGAUUCUGAUUUAUAGGAACCCAAACCCACUGUUUUGUUCAUGUAUAUUUGUUUAUUUCUUAUAAGUGAACUCAUACAGUAUUUGUGUUUUUGCAACUGAUUUAUUUGCUCAGCAUAAGGUUUUCAAGGUUCAUUCAUAUUGUGGCAUGCAUCAGAACUUCGUUUCUUUUUUUUUUAUGGCUGAGUCGUAUUCCAUUGUGUACAGAGACCACAUUUUGUUUGUCCAUUCAUCUCUUGAUGGAAAUUUCAGCUGUCUCCAAAUUUUGGCUAAUGUGAAAGAUACUGCCAUGUUAUACAGCUUUCUGUUUGUGGAUGUAGGUUUUCAAUCCAAGUGCUUUGGACAACACUACACUGACUCCUCAGCAACCCUGUGUUGUAAGUACUGGCAUUAUCCCCCUUCUGCGGAUGAGGAAACUGAGGCAUAGAGAGAGGAGUUAGGGUCACAGGGCUUGUCAGCGGUAGAGCUGGGAUUCUCUGGCUGCUAGCCAUCAGGCUUUCUGUGGUACCUUCUAAGGUGUCGCCCGGUAUUCUCUCCACAGUAAAGGUUGCUGACUCUUCUCAAACAAGGGCCAUGCAAAUCUCAAGCCCUGGGGACACUCUGUGAUCCAUCAAGGUGAGCGCUGGUCACCUGCCCAGUGGUGAUUCUGUCUCUGGCCGCAGGGGACGUACCUCACUGGGUUAUCAGGAGGCCUCUACUGCUGCAGAGUGACCACCUACAGAUCUAGGCCCAAGGGCUUUCUCCAGCUACUUCUGGAUGCUAUUUCAGCCUGGACCCCGUUGCAGGGUGGCAAGUCCCAAAGAUCACUGCCCCCUUCUGUUUGUCUAGACCCGCCUCGUUCGGGUUCCCAGGGCUGCCUUUCAUGCCUUGCCAUCUUGAAUUUGGCACCUGGACCUGUGUCCUCUUGUAGAUUAGACCCAUUUCCCCUCUGGCCUUUGCUUCUUCCACCUUUCACUGGGCAUGGUGGGUCAGUGCAGGAGUCCUGCUGCUAGACAAGACUUGCUACUUUCUGGCAGUGUGGCCAUCGGGCAGGUUUCUGAACGUCUGAGAACCUCUGUUUCCUCAUCUGUGAACUGAGGAUCUCAGUAAUGACACUAUUCCUGUGGUGGGUAUAGGGGUGACGAGGAAAGAGUGUGAGCUGCUACAGUGCCCGUCACCUCUGUCUUUGGCUGGAUCUUGUUUCCCCUGGGUCCUUGUGCAAAGACAGGUUAGCACCCAGGCCCAGGGGAGGGCAGGGAGCUUGUUUCUUUCCCCCAUUCCUGGAGCAGUGGGAGGCCCCAGGUGAGGAAAGUCAAGCCCAAUUCUCUGAGGUUGGGACCCUGAGGGACGGCCCUGUUCCCCCCCUCCCAGUUCUCCAGGCUUUGCUGAGGUUCUCUGCCUGGUCUUCCUACCCGGUGCUUCCGGUAGAGCUUGGCAUCACCUGCUGGUUGCCUGUCCCUCCCCCAGAUGGGUGCCUGGAGGCCAGAGGGCUUGAACACUGGCCAUGACCGUGGACCAACCUGGGUGAAUGCCACAGCCCAUGACCUGACCAGGAGGGGCAGCCGGCGGGAGGGGAGGUGGCCAAGGGUGGGAGCCAGGCAGCUCCUCUGGCAGUAGGAUGCUGGUUCCUGCCAUGGAAACCCUCUCUGCCCUCUGCUUGCUCAGCUUCUCGCAGCCUGCCACUCUGGUCCUGCUUCUCAUGUUUCAGCUUCUAAGUUACCGGCACCACCGCACACUGCUAAGGGUGCUACACCAGACAGACAGUAACCCCUUCUGUGCUGGUGGAGGCCACUGUGAGUGUGGGGUCUUGAGGGAAGAAAGGGAUCCUGAAAUCAGCCCCUUUGCUCCGUCUGGCUGGCUCCCCACUCUGGAGUGUUUAUCUUGCCUUCUUCCUCCAUGCCUGCCAAAACUGGAAGCUGCUCUCAAGGAAAACCUUCCCUGACCUCUGGGGAAUGUCUGGGCACUGACAGCCAGACCACAGAUGUGGCUUAUAGAUCACCUUGUGCUCGACCUUGUUGUUUUAAACCUGGCUGUGUUUUCGCCACCAGAUCCCUCAUGGGCCCAGCAGGGUUCUGCUCACACACCUGGCCUUACCUGGUCUUGGCCAGGCCAGCAGUACCCAGUGGGGCCCCAUGGGUUAAGCUGACAGUGCCCAGGUGAGCUUGUGACUUCUGAGGCCAGUUUGGAAGCUGUUCUCCAGGACAAUGGCACAGGGAAUGGAUACUAGCCUGAAAAUGGGUUGGAAUCUAGGCUUUGGCACCUACUAGCUGUGAUUGAAGUUAGCCCUGGUGGCGCAGUGGUUAAAAUGCUUGGCUGCUAUCCAAAAGGUCAGUGGUUUGAGCCCACCAGCCACUCAUGGGAGAAAGAUGUGGCACCAGUCUGCUUCUGUAAAGAUUUACAGCUUUGGAAACCCUAUGGGGCAGUUCUACUCUGUCCUGUAGAGUGGCUAUGAAUUGGAAUUGACUCGAUAGCAAUGGGUUUUGAUGGGAGCUGUGAUGAUCUUUGGCAAGUCAAUUGGGUAAUAAUAGGACUUUUGGUACCCUUGAGAGGAUUAAAUAAGGGAAUGCAGGUAAAGCUGCCAACCCAGCAGCUGGAACACAGUGAGCACUUGAAUGCUGAGUUGAUUCCAACUCAUGGAGACCCCAUGUGUUACAGAAUAGGACUGUUCCAUAGGGUUUUCUUGGCUGUAAUCUUCCAGAAGCAGAUUGUAGGUCUUUCUUCCAUGGUGCAGCUGGAUGGGUUCAAACUGUUGACCUUUUUGGUUGGUAGCUGAGGGCAAACCAUUUGCACCAGCUGGGGAAUCCUGCUCCUCUCCCUAGGGAGGCCUAGCUGCUGUUUUCCUGGCUGCCUCCCCCCAUUGCAGCCUGCUCAGGCUACUGCUGAGCCCUUCCCUGUCCAACUGCUUAUGUGGGACUUGCCAUCCCACCUUCUGUCCCCCAUGUCCCCCCCACACCUUGUCGUUGUCAGAGAGCCAGCUGUCCAGGGUAACGUGUAGACCACCUAGAGUGCAGCAGCACCUCCCUCUGCCUCCUGGGCUUCUGUGCUGCCAUUCGUUCUCCCUUCUGGUUUCCUGGCAACUCUGCUGACCCUUUGCCCACUACGGCCUCUCCCCCUCGGUUUCCUGGCUGACUUAUUCACCUUUUAUAUUAACCAGAGGCUGGAGGCUCUCGGCUCUCCUCCUGUCACUCUUGGCUGGAAAGAGCCCAGGUUAGGUAUCAGGUGACUUGGUUCUGGUCCGGUCAUUCCUGCUUAUUCUUUAAGGGUCUUCAGACACGUCUUCAACGCCGUCAAACCCACGGUCCUUUGUUGGUCUGGUGGAAUUAUUAUAACUGCCCUGGUUGCCAUACAGAUAAUUGAGGAAGCAGUUAGACAGCCAUUUCUGGGCUAAAGCAGAAUAGCCCAGCCAGGGUAGCCACGAAUUGCAUUUCUACAAAGGGAAUCUUGUGUGUCUAAUUGAAGCAGAUGUACCUGCUUGCUCCUUGUUGACAUGUUGUAAGGAGAGAUGCUUUCCCUGGGGAAAAGUCCCUAACAGAUGGAGCUGAGAACUUUCCCAUUGAGUGUCGGGGUAGAGGAGCUGAAUGUUAAAAAGAAGAGCAUCCAGACAAGGGGAGUGGAUGGAGGAGGAGGGUAAGCCCCUGGCAGUGGACUCACUGUUGGGCCUGGAAACAUAGGGGUCUGGACCAGAGUAAGGGUUCAGGGCCCUGGCCUGAGAUGGACUCCAGCCGUCUGAAAUAGGCCUGCCACCAGCCUGUUUCCAAGAGGGAGAAGCUGAGGUGGAAGGGCUUGCUUAUGACCGAAGGGAAUCAGACCCCAGCUGAAUGAAGGGGGUGAGCAGCCAGGUGUGAGGGUCUUCAGGUCUCCACACAAGCCCUGUGCCUCCUGGAUCUGCAGGGCCUUGGUGGCACAGGACAACUAAUGGUCAGCUCCUCCACCCCAAUGCCCUGCGGUGGGUUUCAGGAAUGUGUUUGCUGUUAGCUUGUCCACAAUGCAUCGUGUGUGCUGGGCGCCCCCUCGUGGUUGGGGGAACCCCAGCUUUGUUGGUCCAGAAGUCCUCCUGUGACUUGGACAGGAAACAGGGCCAGAGCAUUGGGGGAUACUGGGCUCUGCUCCAAACCCCAACAGGGGCGCCUGACCUCCAUUAUGACUUCCUGGGAACAUUCAGGAUCCUCUCCCAGGCAGGGACUUUCUGCUUCUAUGGGGCCUCAUCCCUGUUCCUAUAGCUGGUAUCCACUCUCCCCAGUCUCUCUCUCCCCACAAACAGAUUCUGGUCCCCAUAUGCACCAGAGCAUGCUGGGACCCCAAAGACCAUCCCCCUGCACCUGAUAUUUUUGUGUAGAGGAAAAAAGCCUCAAAUUAGCAUUGGGGACAUAGAUUCUCACUUACAGAAGUCUCUUAACCUUCUCUAUACCAACCUCAUGUUCCCCAUCUGGGGUAGCAGAGUUCUCAUAUGACCCCCAAUAACCCUCACCCUUGCUUAAUCCCCUCUUGUUAAAUAUGGGCAAAAAUGCGUUGCCAUCAAGUUGAUUCCAAUUCAUGACAACCCCAUGUGUUAUAGAGUAGAACUGUUCCACGGGAUUUUCUUGGUUGUAAUCUUUACAGAAGCAGAUCACCAGGCCUUUCUUCUAUAAAGUGCUGUGUGGGUUCAAACCAUCAACCUUUACUUGCGACUAUGCUAUCACUCCCCUAAUUAGGUUCUGUUACACAGCACUGUUGACCUGAAGAUAGGGAGACUGUCCAUGAGGGCAUGACCAAACGACACAAGCCCUCUAAAAACAGAGUUGCUGCUGGCUGGUUGCAGAAGUCAGAGAUUUGACACAUGAGAAGGAUUCCACCUGAAGAAGCUGAGAUGGUAAGAACCUGAUAGCAUUCCCCGCCCACAACCAGCUGGACAACAGGGACCUCAGCCUUACCACUGCAGGGAACUGGAUUCUGCUAAUAAUCAGUGGGCUUAGAAGAGGACCCUGAGUCCCAGAUGAGGUUGCAGCCCCAGCCGAUACCUGGCAAGACCCCUGUGAGACUCUGAGCAUAGAAGCCAGCCAUGCCAGGCCCAUUUGGACUUCUCACCUGCUGAAUUGUGAGAUAAUAAAGGGUGCUGUCUUAAGCUGCUAAAUUUGUGGCAAUUUGUUAUGUAGCAGUAGGAAACCAAUACAUCACACCUAUCUAAAUGGAAGAGCAGUAUUCUAGACAUGUAAGACGAAAGUUUAUAAAUGAAAACAGUCCAUUCCCCUCCACACAGGUGCUGUCAUCUGCAGAAUCAAAACCGGCAGCCACCUCGCUGACAGUUUUUGACAGCAGUUUAAAUCUUCGUUCUUGUUAUUUAGUAUUUCUCUAAUGAGCAGCUCCUGGCUUUUGGUUGGAGGCCAACCUGGGACAAGGGCAGUGUUUGUCCUGAGAAGGACUGUGCUGAGGGCAUCCUCAGAGCUAGCCAGGACCUCAAGGCUAGUGAGGAAGAUCCCCCUUUGGAUGGAAGACAGGAACCCUGGAACCCCCUGUUCUAGGAGAGCCUUUGUUUUCUGGCCCCCUGGACUUCUGGCCAUCUUUAAGGUCCAUAAAGCCUUUUAUUUUUUUUUUGAGAACAGCUUUAUUGAGAUACAGUUCACCUGUUUAAAGCAUACAGUUUAAUGGUUUUUAGUGUAUUCAGAGCUAUGCAACCAUCACCAUAAUCAAUUUUAGAAUAUUUUUGCACCCGAGAGAGAAACCCUGUACCCACUAGUAGUCACUCAACAUUUCUCUCCAAUCCUCCCAGCCCUAGACAACCACCAACUUCCUUUCUGUCCCUAUGGAUUUGACUAUCCUGUACAUUUCACAAAAGAGGAAUCUGCAUCAUGUUUCAAGGUUCUCCCAUGUUGUAGCAGGUAUCAGAACUUCAUUCCUUUUCAUGGCUGAAUAAUACUCCAUUGCAUGGAUAGACCACUUCUUGUUUAUCCAUUCAUCACUAAAACCUUUUGAUGAUGCUCAUUCAUUCCUCCUACCUGGAAUUUGGGGGUAGGACUAGAGAGGGGGAGCAGUGAGGGAAGGAGGGAGCUGGGGAGUCUCUGAUUUUGCCGUGUAGAGGAUGGAAGGCUGUUGUAGACAUUUAACCUCUGGUGUCCAGGCUGAAGGGAGUGAAUAGGUGAGGAGGCAAGAGAGUACAAGCACCCAUCCCAGGGAGUGUUGCUAUAAAGGGAAGCAGGGGGAGGAGUGGUAGCUGGAAGGGGAUAUAGGGUCAAGGCUUUUUGUUUUAAAAUAGGAAUUAUGACAGCUUGUUUCCUGGUGAUGGAAAUCCAAUAGAGAGGACAGUUGCUGGAGAGACACCUUUGAAUAGACAAGAAGGGCUGGCACCGGAGUUCUCCAUGCAUGGACACAGCAUGGACGUUCAUCCAGAGAUCCAGGGCGAUGGCAGGUUACAGUCUAGCCAACAUUCCACUGACCCCCGAGACCCAAAGGGACCAGGAGCGGCGGAUCCGGCGGGAGAUUGCUAACAGCAACGAGCGCCGGCGCAUGCAGAGCAUCAACGCUGGCUUCCAGUCCCUCAAGACCCUCAUACCCCACACAGACGGAGAGAAGCUCAGCAAGGCGGCCAUUCUCCAGCAGACAGCCGAGUACAUAUUCUCGCUGGAGCAGGAGAAGACCAGGCUCCUGCAGCAGAACACACAGCUCAAGCGCUUCAUCCAGGAGCUGAGCGGCUCAUCCCCCAAGCGGCGGCGGGCAGAGGAUAAGGAUGAGGGCAUUGGCUCACCAGACAUCUGGGAGGACGAGAAGGCUGAGGACUUGCGACGGGAGAUGAUCGAGCUGCGGCAGCAGCUGGACAAGGAACGCUCUGUGCGCAUGAUGCUGGAAGAGCAGGUGCGCUCACUAGAGGCCCACAUGUACCCGGAAAAGCUCAAGGUGAUUGCGCAGCAGGUGCAGCUGCAGCAGCAACAGGAGCAGGUGCGGCUGCUGCACCAGGAGAAGCUGGAGCGGGAACAGCAGCACCUGCGCACCCAGCUCCUGCCCCCUCCAGCCCCCACCCACCACCCCACAGUGAUUGUGCCAGCGCCACCUCCCCCUCCCUCCCACCACAUCAACGUCGUCACCAUGGGCCCCUCCUCGGUCAUCAACUCUGUUUCCACGUCCCGGCAAAAUCUGGACACCAUUGUACAGGCGAUCCAGCACAUCGAGGGCACGCAGGAGAAGCUGGAGCAGGAGGAGGAGCAGCGGCGAGCUGUCAUUGUGAAGCCUGCCCGCAGCUGCCCUGAGGCCCACGCCUCCGACACAGCCUCCGACUCGGAGGCCUCAGACAGCGACACCAUGGACCAGAGCCGGGAAGAGCCAUUGGGGGAUGGGGAGCUUCCCUGACCACCCCCAGCCCUCCUCUCCCUUCUGGGGGGCUGGAGGGGCCCAGGGCAGCAGCAGGGAGAAACAUGGGCGAAUGAGUGAGAAAUUUUUACAAAAUUAUGAUGUCAUUUGGGUCUCUUUUAUGACCUCUUUUUCAAUACUGUAAAUCGACCUUUGAACGGAGCCACCCAACUAAAGGGCACAGGGGCUCGGAAGGCCUGGAGCACGUGGGGAGCAUCGGGACACUGGGGCUGGGCCUUGGCCUUGGAGGUUGGGGAUGCGGACACUUAGGUGCCUGGCCUCUCUCAGCCAAAAACCAUUUUUUCAUUAUACGUUUUUAAGAACAGGGAAAAUGAAACAAAACCCCAAGCUUUCUUCCCUCCCUAGAGCCAGCCCUGUGACCAGCAGUCUUUAAUCCCCCCUUCCCUCCUCUCUUUCAUUUUCUUCUUUUUCCUUUAAGCACUUACAUGGGUUGGGGGUCUGGCUGGGUCUGGGCUUUCUGGGGGCCCGGGGUUGAUGUUGCUUCUCGGUUUUGGGGUUUGCUGCUGCCCUCCUCCCCAAUCCCCUGCCCCCUCUCACCACUAGGGUUAGCCACUCUCCAUCACUACCCAGCCCCUUCCCCUCCCUACAGGUUCCCCAUCUUCAGACCCCAAAAUGUCUUUGUCUUUCUUUUUGUUUUAUUUGUUGUUGGUUUUUUCCCUUUUUUUUUUUU